AUGACCUUAAGUUCACCGGACUUUGAUUUCACUGACAAUUCUCACAGACGCUACAACCCACUUACGGACUCGUGGGUGUUGGUUUCACCGCAUAGGGCAAAGAGGCCUUGGCUUGGUCAGCAAGAAACUCCAAGCAAUCCUGGCAUUCCCGAUUUCGACUCUGCCUGCUACUUAUGCCCCGGAAAUUCGAGAACUUCAGGUGAAAUAAACCCAACUUAUUCAACGACUUACAUCUUCCCUAAUGACUUUUCUGCAGUAAAACUAAACCAACCCGCACUUGUGACCAAAGACGAUACCAAUUGUUUAAAAAGUCGAUUGUUGAAAGCACAAUCGGUUGAAGGGAAUUGUUUUGUGAUCUGUUUUAGCCCCAAGCACAACUUGACAAUUCCACAGAUGCCAGUGCCUGCCAUUGUUGACGUGGUCAAGGCAUGGACAGAUCUUUAUCUCAGAAUGGAACGCGAAGCUCAAACCGAUAAUAAGCCAUACAAAUACUUGCAAAUUUUCGAGAACAAAGGAACAGCGAUGGGGUGCUCAAACUUGCACCCCCAUGGCCAAGCGUGGUGUCUAAGUGUGGUACCCAAUGAGGUUGACAAGGAGUUGAAAUCGUUUGAAAAAUACUCGGAAGAGCACUCGUGCCAUCUCUUAGCAGAUUACGUGACUUUAGAAUUACAAGAACGUGAAAGGGUGGUUUUAGAGAACGACUCUUUCGUGGUAGUGGUACCUUAUUGGGCUGUGUGGCCGUUCGAGACACUUUUACUGAGUAAGGUCAAGCUGUCAUCUCUUGCUGAAUUUAAUGACACGCAAAGGCACGAUUUGGCGUCGAUAAUGAAACAGCUGACUUUGAAGUACGACAAUCUAUUUGAGACCAGUUUUCCUUAUUCAAUGGGGCUACACCAAGCUCCUUUGAAUGCUACUUUCGAGGAAAAGAACAAUUCUUGGUUUCACAUGCAUUUCUAUCCGCCCUUACUAAGAUCGGCUUCUGUGAGAAAGUUCUUGGUUGGAUUUGAAUUGUUAGGUGAACCUCAAAGGGACCUAACUGCAGAGCAAGCUGCCGAGCGGCUUAGAGUACUUGACUCGGAUGCCCGCUACCUAGAGAAAAUAACUUAA